GCAACCUGUCUGUCUGUCUCUCCUCUCUCCCAACCCACCUACGAUCAGAUUCCUCCUCUCAUCUGAUCAUUAGGCCACCUCGAUCAGAGUAAGGUUUUAUAUGGAAGCGGACUCCUCCGCUGCAAAAAACAGCCACGCAGAGAGAGUGCAAGGCUGCAGUGCGCGCACUAGAUCGCUAGCAGUCCUCCCGGCACGCGCGUAGCUCUUUGUCAAGAUCGUCAUCGAGGCUUCGGCCGCUUUGCUAGCGGGGGGCGAUGGCUGCGGCCUCGUCAUCGUCGACGUCCAGGUCGCCGGCCGGCGGGCCGCGGCCGUACUGGUCGAAGUUCGGCGACACGACGCUGACGAAGGUGUUCGUGGGCGGGCUGGCGUGGGAGACGCCGUCGGAGGGGCUGCGGCAGCACUUCGAGCGGUACGGAGACAUCUUGGAGGCUGUCGUCAUCACCGACCGCCUCACCGGCCGCUCCAAGGGCUACGGAUUUGUGACGUUCCGGGAGCCGGAGGCGGCGCGGCGGGCGGUGCAGGACCCGAACCCGACGAUCACCGGGCGGCGCGCCAACUGCAACAUUGCCUCGUUGGGGCCGCCGCGCCCCGCCCAGCAUCGAGGCAGGGCCUCCCCCGGGCCCCACUUGCAGGUCCCGCCGCCAGCGCCUCAGGGCCCGCCGUUCAUCCCCAGGGAACCGCCCCAGAUGACGGCACAGCACAGUGGUCCUGCUACGAUCUACCCUUCUCAAUAUGGGUACUGGUACCCACCUGACUUUCAAUUUCAACAGGCCAUGGCCAAUCCUCAAGUGUUGCAGAACUACUAUGCUCAGCUCUACGGGCUGACUUCUACGGCGCCAACAUACCACCAGUACGUUGGGUACAUGCCGUCUUCAUCUCCGGCUCCGAGGGCGCUACUCCCGCUGCCGGCACAGCCGGUCGCAGUGCAACCGUUGGUCCAUCAUCCAACGGCGCAGAUCCAGGGCUCUUUCUUUCCCGCGCCUUCGCUUCCGCACAACUUCAGGCUCCAGCAGCUGCCUCCUCAGGCAAUGUUAAUAUUGGCUCCCAACACAGCAGAUUUGCAGUCAGCUGAUCAGGCCGCCCCUGCAGCUCGAGCCACGACCGCAAGCAAUACUCAUCCGGGCGCCUGAUUAAGGCCAAAACAACUGAAGAUAAAACAUCGGAUUCAACACACCUUUGAAAUUAACUGACUUUUUUCUUUUGGACUGGAAAAGGAAAGUCUCGAUCGAUCUGGUGCGGACGAAGUUAUUGAUGGUCUGUAACAGUCUCUCAGGAUGUUGACUCCAAAAACAAACGACAAAUAUUUCUUUCUUUCAUUGUUUCCUAU